AUGGAUCUAGGGGACUCUCUCAGUCAAGAUGGAUUUGGACAGCCUGAAGACAAGCCUCGACCUCUCCCUGCAGAUCUCCCCACGUCUCUCGACGACCGGAGACAUGUGCCCAACGAGCAUCUCAUCACCGAGACAGAGAUGUACGAUGGCUGGCAAGGCCAGUCCCAGUUCCUUACGACACCGGCUAUAGCAAAGCCCCUAAACUUCGGAAACCUGUCGCUGAACGAUCACGACUACGAAGAUGAUAUUAUGAAAGGACCUUCGGAUAGCGAUACACGAUUAAUGGAAAUGCUGGCCGCCCAGGCAGCGCACCAGGCUGCUCCUGCUUUCGAGAACGAAGACGAGGUUGUGAAUAGCGAAACUCUGUCCGAGGCAGAGAAGAAAGAAAAGCUCCAGAAAGCCCUCAACAUGGCUGCGAGCAACGGCGAUGUCGACAGGAUUCGAAAGCUUCUCAACGGAAAGGCAAAGGGGUAUCUCGAGCUGGACGCCGAAGACGAAGACGGAACACCACCGCUUAUCUAUGCCAGUUGCUUUGGCCACGAACCCGUUGUUCAGGCAUUGAUUGAUGCGGGCGCCGACGUUAACAAACAAGACCGCAAUCAGUGGACAGCUCUCAUGUGGGCUAUGACAAACCGACAUAAGGGCAUCGCAAAACUACUUCUUGACAACAACGCAUCUUCCGAUCAAAAGACGUCAUCAGGACGGACAGCAUUUGAUUUUGUUCCUCCGGACAGCGAGAUGUCAUUUUACCUUCACGAUAAUGGCUACAAUAUUGGCAGCGCAGGCACGGAUGAUUUCUACCGACCCGGUUUCUCCCAGGAUCGAUUCGAGGAAGAGAUGGCUGAGAAUGAGAUGCGAAGACGGCUUAUGAUGGAGAGUGCCCGGGAUCUCGAAGUCGAUCUAGGAAACGUGGGCAUGGAUGAUCAGCCUGAGCCUGUCGACGAAUUCGAGGAAGAUCAGCAAGAGUUUGACUGGAAUCGUUGUUUACAUGACCAGAUGUUUGUCUUUCAAGAGCACGAGCUGGAACGCAUACUGGAUAUAGUCAUCACCAACAUGACGCCUCAAAGAUCACCGACGCAGAAACCUGUCCCGGCAAACAUGAUAUUCCUUAGCGCAAGGUAUGCGCAUUACCAUUCCAGCCCUGAGCUUCUAGAGCGACUUUUAGUGUCAGCUAUGGACUGCAUCAACGAUGUUGUUGAGAAGUGUCAGUGGGAUAUGACUAUCUUAGCCUUCUGGAUUUCAAACGCCACUCUUCUCCUUCAUUACCUCAAGAAGGACCCGGGACUUUUUCAAGCGACGGGUGAGUUCCAGGCUCAGCUUGCGGAGUUGAUAAACGAAAUCUUUAUUCUCAUCGUGCGAGAUGCUGAGCGACGCCUGGACAAGGUCCUGGAUGCGGCCAUGCUGGAACACGAGACUAUCCCCGGAUUCGAGGACAUUGCGUUUCAAAAUGAGUGGAAGCUGUUCAAGCGAAAGACACAAGUCAAGGAAGAGCCGCUGGAAAAGCGCUUCCGGCCACCGUCACCGAAGCAGCGAGCAAAGCCAGCGCCUCGAAACGUUACCUCCCUCCUCUCCUCUACACUCUUUGUGCUUGACCUUUACGACAUUCACUCGGUGAUAACAGCCCAAAUUAUCUCCCAGCUUAUCUACUGGAUUGGAGCAGAGCUUUUCAACCGUAUCAUGUCAAAUCGAAAGUACCUGGCAAGAACAAAAGCCAUGCAGAUUCGCAUGAACAUAUCCAUACUUGAGGACUGGGCCCGGACAAAUAAUAGACAAUCAGAACAUUUUGAAGGGGGUGAAAUGCGCGCUUCAGGAGACACAACGAUGGAUGCUGCUCGAAGACAUCUUGCACCAGUUAUUCAGCUACUACAGUGGCUUCAGUGCUUUUCGUCUCUCAAUGGAGAUGAUAUGGAGGCUCUGAUCAUUACACUUCAGCAGCUUAAGCGAUUGAGCCCCCAGCAGCUCAUUCAUUCAGCCAACCACUACAGACCGGAGGUGGGUGAAAAGGGGCUACCAAAAAGUGCUAUGAAAUACCUUAUCAAUCUACAAAAAGAGGCAGCACUAAAGCGAGAGAGACGGCGGAGUGGCAUACCUUCACCGCAAAGGUCGGGCCAGGACAGCACGCCGGUGACACCGAUAAGGGGCCGGUCAAACGGCGGUCAUCUUGAAACUCCCGGAAGUGUCGCUACUCCUGUUCAGGACGACUGGUCCGAUGAUGAGGACGCACCCGAGCACCUCCUAUUAGACCCGGCCCUCAUGUUGCCUUUCGUGCUGCCGUCAGUAACUGACAUGCUCGUGACGUAUGGCGCUGGGCUCGGUGGAGUGAACCGUGAGAGAGCGCGCAAAUAUAUCCCCACAGUACCGCCGGAGUUUCUUGAAAAGCUGGAGGUGAGUGGCGGAACCAGGAAGGGACCUAUGUUUGGUGAAGCGGACUGGGAGAACGAAGAAGUCUAG